CCUGCCGCUCGGGCCGGUUUGGGGGCCGGAGGAGCCGGGAACGGGGCGCCCCCUCUUCCUCUUCGCAUCUUUAUUUCUUUUUUUUUUUUUAAAGAGGCCGUUAACCCCUUCCCCCAAAAUAACUUUGGCCCCGUCAUCCUCUGCUUCCGCACUAACAAGGCGGCAGUUGGAAGACGAUGGACUGACUAGAUCAAAGAAGGGAUUGGGCUGGUUUCUGGGCUCCUCUGCACUGGUUUUCCUGCCUGGAAAAAGCCCAGAUCUUGGAUGGAGGCUGAGCUGGAAGGCGCUGGGGCGCUCACAGUGCAGGACUGUGCCAGCACCUCCAGUUGCCCUCUGUGUUUCUUCUGCAGGAAAAUUGCUCUUGGGCUUUCUCAGCUCCAUGACAAUGUGUGCUGGUAUCUGGGCAGGAAAUGCUCUGUCCAGUUGCAAGCAAAGGGCCAAUCUGACCUCAUUAUUUCAGACUGUGCAGAGCUACUCUGGCUGACAAGAGCCCCGUGAAGGAGGACCACUUGACCUGCAAGCCUUUGAUUCAUCAUGCCAGUGUCGACAAGAAUAUGGCAUAGCCCUCGACCGAAGCAUUAACAAGUAUGAGGCAUGUCGAGGAAAAAUAUGUCCCUAUUGCCAGUGCACCAGGACCGAAGUGGCAGAGGAAGAGACUAUGGAUGAUAUUAUAUUCAGAAGUGACACAGUACUCUCUGACAUUCACUUGCACACCCCAAAAGAGCGGCAUCUCAUGGUGCGGUUGAAUGGGGUUGGACAGCCAGUGUUUUUAUCACAGUUUAAGCUCCUUAGGAAGCAAACUGAUGUGGGAUUUGAGAUGAAAUACAAGAAUGCGUUUACAAGCGAAAAUGGCAGAGGUCGCAGCAGAGGUGACGGCAUUUCACUCAUUAUUGGACAUAACAAAAAUGAAAUGCCUUCUAAAGGAAUAGACUCUUUGCUAGAUGCUGAUGGUGAUUUGGAAGUUGUCAGAAGACCUCAGUGCACCUCCACCUCAGAAGCAGAGGAUUUGUCAAGGGAAAAGGUUUGUCCAAUGGUACUGAUGAAAGGAGGAGAAGACCUUUAUGAACAGGAAGAGCAAGAAUGUAGAAACGACAUCAUUAAAAUAGAACACACGAUGGCAACUCCUCUGGAAGAUGUUGGUAAACAGGUAUGGCGUGGAGCCUUUCUUCUUGCUGAUUACAUCUUAUUUGACCAGGACACGUUCAGAUGUUGCACACUUCUGGAGCUUGGAGGAGGCACUGGCCUCACCAGCAUUAUUGCAGCAACAAUUGCUGGAAGAGUGUAUUGCACAGAUGUGGGUGAAGAUCUUCUUGCCACCUGCGAGCAAAACGUAAGAUUAAACAGACAUCUCUGGGAGCCAGCAGGAAGUGAAGUUAAAGUAAAAGAGCUGGACUGGCUGAAAGAUGGCCUUUGUACUGAUCCUGAGGCACCCUACAGUUGGUCUGAAGCAGAGGUAGCUGACAUGUAUAACCAUGCCUCCGUGAUCUUAGCUGCUGAUGUGUUUUACGAUGAUGACUUGACAGACGCCUUCUUUGGAACGCUGCGCAGACUCACCAGCUCCCUAAACCGUGUGUGUACCAUUUACCUGGCAAUAGAAAAAAGGCUGAACUUCACCCUCAGAAGCAUGGACAUUGCGUGUGAAGCUUACAAUCAUUUUCAAGAUGCUCUGUCCAACCUGGCCAGCCUUAGAGAUGGUGAAAUGAAAUACACUGUUGAGCCUGUCAGACUCACUUUCUGCCAGUCCCUUGUUUAUGAACGAAUUGAGCAAUUGGAGCUGUGGAAGGUUGUUGCUGAACCACAGACGUGAUGGACAGCAGAAGAACACCUUUCUUUGGGGUGGUGAUGGUAUCCUAAGCCUUUUAGCACGUCCACAUAGAGCUGCUUUGGAGAAAGCAUGCGUUCUGUGGGAAUGGUCUCAGUGACUGAAAAGGAUACCGUCUCACCUUGGUUAAAUAGAUAUUUAUAGCAGUCAUAGCAGUUUGAAGCUGAAGUGGGUUACUGGUCAGUGCUGCUCCAUGUGAUGGGAUUCUUUUUAUUUGUCAAGUUUGAGAAAUGUCUUGGACACAGUGGCUGUCAGUGCGCUGUGCUCUUCCUUGAUAGCAGCUCUUUGAGGUUAGAAGUAGCAUGGCAGCAUGCACUAAUUGAGCAUGGUGAACAUUUUCUCUGAGCAUAUUGGCUCAUUUGGAAAGGCCAGAAAUGGACAAAUGGAGCAUGGCAGAUCUAGUGAACAGCAGGUUGGUCAGUCUCAGCAUAACAUGAGGGAGCCACAGCACACAGUUGGGAGAACUUGUUAUCAAGUGGUUGGAGGCUGAACCAGCACUGAUGAGCAUCCUGGGGAGGGGUCUUGAGAGAAAAUUUUGCUUAAAUAGGGUGUUCACUUGUCCCAGUUUAGCCAGGACAGUCCUGGAUUUCAGAGGCUGGUCCCAGCCAGUUAUUGAGAAUUAUAAGGGGUAUUCCAGAAAUGCAGGGGCACAGAGCUCAGUCUAGCCAGGAGCCGGAGCAGUGCAGAGCACCUUGCAGGCAGGCAGGCACCUGGGUGGAGGGAAGGGGAGGGUAGUGUCCUGAAGGUCCCGGGUGUCCCAGGUUUCCUUGUGGUCAGCUUAUGUUUAAGAAACUCAGUUUCCUUAGGCAAUGGAGGGCAAUUGGUCUGCCUCAUCUUUCAACAUUUUUAGUAAAAGGAGAUUAAGAUGUGAUGUGAUCAGUCUUUACAGGAUGCUUGCAUGGAAAAUGCAAGGGAAGGGGAAAACCCUUUUAUGUAACCAGGAUUUUUCUGUUAGAUGAAAAUACAUUUCGGUCCCACCAGACAACUUGAGUGCAAACACUGAAUCUCCAAGUUCCUCCUGCAGAACCUGAAUCCUUUCAAAGUAAGUUGUUACAGGUAACAUUGCCAUACCAACCACCAUUGACCCAACCAAAUCCUGAUUCCAGCCUUUUAUGAUGACUCACUGCUUAUGACUGUGUUGAGCCUCACCGAAUUCCAGCAAGUAGCUCCUAGAAUAACACAUUCAAACCAGGCAGUUAGGAUUCCUAACCUCCUUUGUCCAGGCAGAUUUCAGCCAACAGGAAACUUGUCCUAAACAGCAUCCAGUAGGGGAACAGAAGCCAACCACCAAUCUUGUGCCUUGUCUUCUCACCAAGUACUUCACUUCUGUUAUUUAAUUAUGGCACAAGCUGGUUGUCAAGUUCUCCACUUGUAGCAAUAAAACACCCCUUGGCCAGUGCAAAAGAAAAAUAUUGUUAUCUGGGAAGUUCCCAGCAAUUGAGCAAUGAUGCACAUAUUGUAGUGUCCUAUUACCACCAGCAACAGCGUACCUCUUUCAUGUAUACAUUGAGGAUCUUUAUUUUGGGCCAUAUUUAAGCAGAAGUUGCUGCUGCUGCACCAAAAGACACUAAACUGCUUAAGGAGGAAUUUAAAUGGACAGAGAAAAACAAGCCAAGAACUCCUUAGAUUGUCUCAAUUAUUUCCCUUUGCGAUUACUUCAGAAUCCCAGUACCACAUCUCCAGGAAACAGAAGAAUACUAAGGAUGCUUCAGUUAGUUACUUACUGAAAGUUACAUUGGCUAGUUCUCUACCUCUGAUGUUCCCUGCCAUUGAACAUCCACUAGUUAGAGGACUGUCCAGUCCAGCCGUCUGCAACAUCUACAGUUGCCCCAGCUAAUAGCAUUCUAUGCAGGCCAGGAUAAGAAGACAGUACCAGGGACAUCCUCUUACUCAAGGGCUACUAGGAAAGAGGGCAUUCUUUCUCAAGGCUCCAGAAAUGCAGGCUGGGAACAGCCAAUGCCAGUACAAUAUAUUGGCUUCAAUCAUUAUCUCUACACAUGACAAUUUCCAGCAACGUCCACAGUGUGGAUUCAUGUUGCUACAUAGCAGCGACACGCAGUAGAUCUGAAUGCUAAGAGAGUUAGAGCGUAUUGAGUUUCCACACCUUUAAUAUGUCUCCAGAUUUACCAAGUUUUAUGGAUUCCUCAUCAGAUUUCCUUCCAGUUGGUCAUUCAGUACACAACCAUUAGGUGUCUCUACUUUAUUCUCAGUUUCUCCGUGUUCACAUUGUGUAUGGGAAUGUUAAUGCAUACAAUGCUUCAAUAAAUCUCUUCCCUGUUA